GUGCACAUCACAGUCAACGCAACAUCGUUCAGUACACAAGUCGUCUUCCUUAGAAAAUAUAUUUUAAUAUAAAAUAAUGAAAUUGCUCGUGGUAGCCGCUGUCCUCGGUGUCUGCUUAGCAGACCGCCUUGACAACAAAUACCUCCCUCCCAGAGGAAACGCUGGUGCUGGCGGUUUCGGCCCUGGCUUCGGUGCUGCCGGUGCCCCUGGCUUUGGUAAAGCCGGUGGUGGUUUCGGUGGAGCUGGUGGCGCAGGAGGUUUCGGCGCUGGUGGUGCCGGUGGAUUUGGCGCUGGUGGUCGUGGAGCCGGUGGUGCUGGAGGCUACGGCGGCGCUGGUUCUGGUUUUGGUGGCGCAGGGGCUGGAGGUGCUGGAUCUGGAUUCGGUGGCACCCAAUACUCUGGAAACGCAUACAAUGCCGCCGCCGGUGGACAGUACAACGCUCGUGGUGGUAACUCCGCUGACGCCAACGCUCAGAUCCUCAAACUGAACAGCGAAGUGACUGCUGAAGGAUUCUCUUACGACUUCGAAACCUCAAACGGUAUCCGUGCUGACGCUCGUGGUGUUGCUACCAACGGAGUCCAGUCUCAGGGAAGCUUCGCGUACAAGGGUGAUGACGGCCAGGACUACAGCAUCUCAUACACCGCUGAUGAGAACGGUUACCAGCCCCAGGGUGCUCAUUUGCCCACUCCUCCCCCGAUCCCAGAAGAGAUUCUGAAGUCUCUGGAGCAGAACGCCCGUGAUGAGGCCGCUGGCAUCGUUGAUGAUGGUACCUACCGCGGUGAAGGUGCGGGCGCUGGCAACGGUUACUCAUCUGGACCCGCUGGUGGUUACUCCGGCGCUGGUGCUGGUGGUGCUGGAUCUGGUUUCGGCGCUGGCGGUGCUGGUUCCGGUUUCGGUGGUGGUGCUGGCGGUUUCGGAGGAGCUGGUGCUGGCCGUGGUUCUGGAGCUGGUGGUUUUGGAGGUGCUGCGUCCCGUCAAUACCUCGCCCCCAACGCUGGAGGCCGUGGCUCCGGAUCAGGAAACUUCAACUCUCAGACUGGUUACCGAUACUAAGAAAAAAUACUCGUGAUGGUGCAUGGAGGUGAUGGCUGUGCAAAUGUAGAACAGAAAAUAUUCAAAAAGCUUAAAGAAACAUCGUUUGAUAAAAUUUAUAGAUGAAGUCACUAAAAAAUAAGAAUGAUUACGUAAGUUGACUUUUUAUAAAAGUUAAAGUAUGUUAAUUGUUCUUUAUUUUUUGUGUGGCUACUAAUAGAAAAUUGAUUCGAAUGUUUUGAUUUGCACAGUCGUUGGAACAAUUUUCGUUCAUCGUUUGUUACUGAACAUCGUAUUUAUUAACUUCAUUUUUCUUUCGUACUUUUUUAUCUUGAAGCCCUCCACCAUCAUUCACUGUAUGAUGUAUAAAUAACGAAUAUUUUGCUGUGACUCCAUACAUGUGAUUAUUAUUUUUAAUAAUAUUGUUACUUUGUUCAUAUAUAAUAGUUCUGUCUGUCUCAUCUUUUGUAAUGUGAUCUCAAAUCUUUGUAUAAAUCUCUACAUUUUCUGUUAAAAAAUUAAUUUCUUCCUGUUAAAAAUGAUAGUUAUAAGUUUUUAUACAGCAAAGCAAGGACAGUAUAGAGUUAGUAUGGAAAAUGUAUAAAAAAAAGUUAUGUCUAGUUAUUAAGAAUUGUAAAUAUAAAAUGAAGCAACGAAUAUACGACUUAAUGCAAGAAA